UGUUCGUAACAGUUACCGUUUGUUCGUAUUAAUUAUCAAAAUGGAAAAUAAACGAGAAAUUUGUCAAGGAUUAUGUUUAUUUACAUUCACAAGCAAAUGUUAAGCUGGCUCUAUUGAAAUAUCAAUCUUCCUCGCUUCUAUUCUACUUCCAGUGGAAACAGUAUGUUAAAUUCGAUGCGCACCGAAACAGAAUCGGAUUUACGACUUCGGUGGAAACUAGAUCAUUGAUUGAUGGCAGAGAAAUGAUCAUUUCAGCGUAAUGAUCGUCUCGAUAUGAGAAAUCACAUAAAAUGGAGGAUGACAUUGAUAUUUAUGCAGAUUUACCGAGUUUCAAUUUGAAUCUUGAUAAAAAUGAUCAGCUUUGUAAUUGUGAGAAGUUAAAGAAAGAACUUGGUUCACUCGAGAAUAAACUCGAAAAUAUUCAGAAGAUCAAAGAGAAGUUGGAGAAAAAUCUGUCCUCUUUAUUGAAAACUGCAAAGGCUGAGAUUGCACGGAAGGACAAGAUGAUAAGUGAUCUCAGAAAACGAUUGGACGAUGUAACCUUCAGAAGAAAUAACAAGGGCGAAUCUUGGGAUUUUUCUGCUCAUAGAUCAUUGUAUCAACAACAUACAACGAUCGAAAAAUAUGACAACGCUCCUUUAAUGCAUUUGCAAGAGGAUGAAACUAUAUUGCAUGAAACUGAAUAUCAUCGCAACGAACAUAAAAAUAAAAAGCCACAAUAUAAUGGCCAAUUGCCCACAGUAUUUGCAGAGAGAUUACAUAAAAGAAUUAUAAAAGAUGAGAAAGAAGAUGUAAAGACGCAAAGAACGUCAUGGAAGCUUGAUAUAGAAACUAAUUCAAAAGGGAUAUCUGAAGAAAACAUUGUGGAAAGUGAUAAAGAGAAUGGAUCUCAAUCUAGUAUGAAUAAUAACGAUAAUGAAUCUAAUACUAUCACACGACACUCUCUCUCUGAUUCAGAAAAUCCAUGCAGAAAGAAUUCGGGAAAGAGGAUGAAUGAAGAAGACGGUACAUGUGGGAAUAAGCGUUUAAAGAUAGACGAUGACGAAGGCAAGACCACGACUGAUAAAACUGAUUACACUGUGCGGUAUAAAUUGCAAGACAAUCUUGUGCAAUAUGAGAUGAAAGAUAAUCUUGCAAAGUUCGAGGAUCGACUAAAUGCCGCCCAUUCUCUUAAAGAGGAAAAAAUUUUAUUCGACGAAAGUAGAACCGUUUCGGAAUAUCAAGACACGGCAAAACAGAGUCGAGAUUGCAUAAAUGAUUGGAAAGGGGAAGAGAAAAGUAAUUCUCGGAUUGCUUCGAAUCGCGUCCUGGAUGAGCCUUGUAAUGGCUACAAGAAGAGCGGCUAUAGAUAUAAUCCGUCGAGAAGAAGUAGUUAUUCUAGAAACAGGAGUGACUACGACAGCUCGAGCAGCCACCGUUUACGAGAAAGAUCAAAUAGAACGUAUAGAAAUAAUAGGAAAUACGAUGAUUAUAAAUACGACAAUCAGUAUAGAACAAAAAGAGACUACAGAUUAAAGAGAGACUAUGAGAGCAUGGAAAAUGAGAGUAAAACGAUACAUAGGAGUAGAGAACAUGGUGAUGUGGCAUGGGACAAAUCCAGACACUCGUCGAGCGACGUCGAAAACAAGGAAGGAAAUAGUUCGUACAAGAAUAAGAGGUGCGAGAAUCGCAGAAUAGAGGAGACAGCAGCAAAUAUUUUGCACAACAAAAGGUUGCAUGAAAGGGAUAAAGCUGCGGUGGAUAUGAAUUCUCGGGCGUCUUCUGGUCGCACAAUUGUAAAUAAUAUAGUGAAUCACAGAGCUAAAAAGAUCACUGAACAAGAUAAGGCAAAGAACGAAUCAAAUAUUAAACCUAUAAAUUUGAUAGAUAGUACGUCGACAUAUGUCGUGACGAAGGACUCGAAUAAUCUGGAGGAAGGCGAAAUUGUAGAUAGUCCCGAGAAGAAAAUUGAUUCGGAGAAGAUCUUCAAAGAUCAUAAAGUGAUUGAAAAUGAUGUAAAAAUUGUUCUAAUCGAAAAUAAACAUAAAGACGUCCCUGUGAUUGCAUCCAUAAUAGAUGACAAAUCGAUAUCUUUUCACAACAAUGUAAUUACUGCAAAGCAGUUAGAUAACUUGACGGAUAUUAGUACAAAAGAAAUUGAAACAGCAUCGUGUCUUGUGCAAACAGCUUUGAAAGGCCCUAGAGAGAUAGCGGAAUUAAAUUUCUCUGGCAAAAAUGAUGCGGUAGUAGACGAGGUGCGGAGUCGUAACAAUGUCGAACAUAUAUAUAAAUCUCAAUGUAAUGAGGAUUUAACGGUUUUAACUACUUGUACUAUCGGAACGAUUGAACAGGUGUGCGAGUCUCAAUAUAAUGAGGAUUUAACGGAUUUGACUUCUUAUACUAUUGGAACAAUUAAUCAGGUGUGCGAUAGCAAUGUUGACGAUGAUGGUAAAAGUCGCGCCGAAGAAGAAUCGAAAAUCUUUGUCACCGAAAUACCUAUUAAAAUCGAAAAAAUGAUUGAUUCUAACACCAAAAGUGCUACCGAAGUCAGAAUAGACGAUCCUAAAAUUGAAAGUGCCAUUAACAAAGACAAAGUAAGUAAUUGUAAUACCGAAAGUCCUGUUAUAAUUGCAGAGGCGAAUAAUAGCGAUAAUAGUACUCGCAAAAUUGAUGAUGAAUUAAAAAGUUCCGCCACUGAGAUUGCCGAAAAAGUCGAGACUGUAUUUAAUUGUGAUAUCGAGAAUAGAGACGUAAGUCAAGUAUCAAUCGGAAGUGGGACUUCUCGAUGGAUAUCAGGCAAAAGCAACGUCGAGAUGUCGAGCCACUUGUGUCUCAACGACCAUAAUUACGUUCAGAAUCCUCCUCCUGUCAACGUCUCCGAUCUCAACGCUAUCCGAGAGUCACCCGUGAAUUUAGAAUAUUGCGAAACUGUGCCAGAAGCAGCAACGUUAAAAGAAACAAAAGCGAAAGAAAAGAUGGAUGUUUCGGUCGAUGUCAAGAAGACGAUGUCGUCUAUAGUGAAGAACAAGAAGAAUCAACAGAGCAAAGGGAUAGUGAUUUCGCGUCGACGAAGAGCCGUGACGUUGAGCGACAGUAAUGCGUCUAUGACUGUCCUGAUAAACACAAAAACGUCCUCUAACGUUAUUAGCAAUUGUAGCAACGAGUCCGUCUUGAAGCCGCGGGCCUGUAAAGCAUCGCGCACAUGUAAAUAAUCGUAAUUCUAUGUAAUCGUUCAAUGUUUUGGCACGAGAUGCAGGCACAAGAUUAAUGCAAUUUGAUGAGAUGGAAUAACGGGUCGUACAGAUAAAAGUGAAGCCGGUGCUCUUGAGUCCCCCUGUGAGUAAUCUUUUGUUUUUAUUUCGAAACAUCUGUUAUUUGAAACCCCGCGCCGAGGGAAGGGAUUCACAAUCCAGUGUAACUCGAGUCAUCCAUUCGAAAUUCACCGAGUCGUUAGGAACAGCGAUGGGAGAAGGAGGGAGCAUCCUAUAUCGAUUAGGGGAAGAGAAGCGGCGGCGUCCAUGUAUCGAUCAGAAAAUAGCCGGCGCGGUGACGCCGAUGUACGCGCGCGUCGGCCGUUGACGUCAUCGUCGGGGGGCAUCUGCGGCGUCAGCCACAGAGGACGUCGGGACGACCCGCGCCAUGGAUGUUGCUAUCGCCGUCGCCGUCGUCACCGUCGCUGCCGCCUUCUAACAAACGAUUCCGAGGAACGUACUUCAUUUCUUGCGGGCAUGUGUUCCUAGACUGUACUCUCUCCCUCCCCCCCCCCCCC